AUGACUAUUGCAACAUAUGCUUAUGAAACUAAUGAAGCUAAUAUAGCACAUGAGUUAGUAAAUGAAAAUACAACAUUAACCGUAGACGGUCAUGAUAUUAUUAUUGACGACGGAAAUGAAAAGAAAAUUAUUGACUUUAAUACAUUGCAAACAUAUGACCCUUUCAUUACUACUAGCAGGGUUCCUGUCAUAACCGACGGAACAGUUCAAUACAUAACUUCUACAUUGGAUGCUUCAUUAGUUAAAGUACUUAAUGUUCUCAUUGAAUUAUUAAAUAGCUGUCGAUUUGACGACAACAUUAAAUGUCUCAAAAAUUUAGUCGUAAAUGAAAAACAAAUUUUAGGUAUUGCAGGAAAUACUCCAGAUGUGCAUUUAAUGACAUUAGAAUAUUACAAUGAACAUAAAGAUGAACUUAAAGGAGAUAAAGGAGAUGCGGGACCUCAAGGUCCUCAAGGAAUUCAAGGUCCACAAGGUAAAAAUGGUUUAGAUGGCAAAGAUGGUGAAGAUGGAAAAACUGCAAAAACAUGGAUAUGGGAUUUAAUAAAUACUGGUUUAACUGCAGCUUCAUUUGGAGCUCUUCAAUACCAAGUUGGAAAAAUAUGGGCUGUCCUUGGUUCUGAAGCUUUAGCGGAUAUGAAAAAUGCUUUUGACUUUCUUAAAAAUACUACAGGCACUGCAAAUACUUUAGCCUCGUGGAUUUCAAAUAUAGAUACAAAUAUACAUAACUUAAUUGGAAAAACAAAUGUUCUUGAAUCUAAUGUUGGCGACGAAGCUUUAGCAAAAUUUACAGAAUUUCUUAAAAUUGACAAGGACACAAGACCUUUUGACAAAUUGGCUGACGUUUUAAAAUCAAUGCAAGAAUAUGCCGCUGCCAACAAUACUGAAAUCGGUAUUAUUAAUAAACAAUUUGUAAAUUUACAUCAGGCUCAAACUUUGCAUGGAAAAAAGAUAAAUGAAUAUAUUAAUAGUUAUAAAAGUCUCAGAGAUUUAUUGCAGACUAAUAAUACAGAAUUAUUUAAUGCUAUUAAAGACCAAAAAGAUUUAAUAUCACAAGCAAAGACAUUUAUGCAGAGUUUUAUAACAGCAAAACUAGCAAAAAUAACAGCACGUGAUGUUGAAGAAACAGAAACAGAAACAGAAACACAAACACCAGAACAAAAAGCAUAUAAUACCUUAUUUGAAUAUUAUCCGAGAUAUUCUGUUUUAUUAGAUUUUAUUAAUGACAUUCUUGCAAAAGCUAAAAUAGAAUUUGGCGAAGAUGACUUUGCGGUAUAUCUAACAAUUCAGUUUCAAAUUGCUGAAAUAUUUAGACAAUUUUGUUUGUUAAGCGACCAGAUGACAGAUUUUACAAGAUUGGAUGAAGACUAUGACGCAGAACACGGAGAAGAAGAAGUUAUACAAACAUCUAUUAAAACAGGAAAGGUUUUAACAAAAAGCCUCAUUAUUGACACAGAAAAUGGUGAAGUGGAUGUUCUAAAUGAACUUAGGAAAGGUUCUGGUUCUUCUGGUUCAUCUGGUGGAAGAACAGAACUUGAAACACAUACUCAUAACAUUGCUGACAUAAAUAACUUACAAACCGCUUUAGACAAUAAAGCUGACAAAAACCAUAGACAUUAUUUUGCCGAAAGCGCAAAUAGAAGUGUAAUACUUGGUGAAGAAUAUGAAGCAUAUCUGGAAAAAACAAAUGAAACUAAAAUUAUAGAUGGAAAUGCAUAUACUUUGUAUAAAAGAAUUAAACCAGAUGAAUAUUUUGAUAUAGGUAGAGCAGAUAUUCACGAGUACUUUAAAUGGAAUGAAGAUAUUUGGGCAAAAACUUCUGAAGGAGAUAAAUACUAG